AUGUCGUCGUCGCCCACGAGCCCCAGCUCUCAGUCUCAUGUCUCGCGCAAUAACGGGAUACCCGCCAAUUUAAUUCUGAACUGGCAUAGUUCGCCACUGCACCUGGUGAAGCCCCUGGUGCGGCGGCCCAAGACGGCGUGCGAGAGAUGUAGAACAGCAAAGGUAAAAUGUCCCGGAGACGGCGAGCGCGAAUGCGGGCGUUGCACCAGUAGGGGCCUUUCAUGCAGAUACGCACAGUCGGCUCCGUCACCGAGCCCGGCUCACUCUCGGCCUCGCCCUGUUGCGCACCGGACUCUGCAGGAAGACGCCCAGAUGGACUUCCGUACGGCAGACCCUGCGGCCUUCUUCGGCGGCGGGGACAGCGGCGUCUUUCAGCAAAUGCUCGAUUCUUCCGGAGACUGGUCCACCAUGAACGACAUCUGUCCGCCAGACAGCGACCUGGACCAGCAUAUGGAUUGGGCCGCGGCGGACCCGUCCCUGAAGUGGUCGCCGGGCGACCGAGACCUGAUCGGCGGUCUGCUCAACACUUCGCUGACACCUCCGUCAACCUUGCCUAAUACUGCCAAUCAUACUCCUACAUCCGAGGAGCAGCAAUCCCUCUCGAGGCUCGGCCUUUACCCGUUCGUCACCAGCACAAAUGCAAGCGAGCUGACCGGGCAGAACCUGCUCGUCUCGCAAAGCUGCCAAUGCCGCUCGGGCCUUUCAAUGAUCAUCCCCAGCGCCCGCGCCGCGCUGCAGGAGCGUCGGCUCGACGUUGUCUGCGAGGUGACGGGCGACCUCGUGCGAAGCUGCCAGGACAUCGUCGAUUGCCGAAAGUGCGACAUCAACUGUACCGACCUGAUCUGCAUCAUGUCUAUUUUCCAAGAGGCCGACGUCUGUUUCGACUAUAUCGCUAAUGCUGACAUUGACGGACCCAUUACCGUGAGCCUGGGGUCCUACCAGACAGUAGUGGACGAAUUAGACGCCAAGCACUGGAGAAGGAUGUUGGUUAUGCAGUUGGUGAGGCGGGGUAAUGAUCUGCUGAACUCGAUCAGUGCCAAAAGUCAAGACAUGCUGAGGCAUCUGAACCCGGGUUGUCGGUUAGGCAGAACGAAUGUCGACUACUUGGAAGCUGUGAUUCGAAACUCCAAGGACAAUUUCCAACGAAUCAUAAGGGAAUUUCAUGACGAGGCAAGGAUGGCAAGGUGA